AUGGGAACCCGUGUAGGAGGAGCCGGUGGCGUGCUCGAGGGGGCGAGGCCGGCAGCGGCGAUGGUGGUGGUGGAGCUCAUCUUCUCGGCGCUGCAGAUUUUCAUCAAGCUGGCGCUCGACGACGGCAUGGACGUCCGCGUCCUCGUCGCCUACAGGCUCAUGUUCGGCGCCGCCUUCCUCUGCCCCGUCGCCUUUCUCAUCGAGAGGAAGAAACGGCCACCACUGACAGUAAAGGUGGUGACAGGGUUAUUCUUGUGUGGACUCUUUGGAAUUACUAUAAACCAAAACCUGUUAGUGUUGGCCAUCAAGCUGACGAAUUCGACGACCAUCGUUACAGCUCUCAGCAACCUCACUCCUCAGUCCACCUUCAUCGUUGCAAUCUUGAGCAGGAUGGAGACUCUGAAACUCAAAAAGGCCAGCGGUCGAGCGAAGCUGACGGGGACCCUGGUCGGGCUGGGCGGCGCGAUGCUGCUCACGUUCUACAAUGGCCCAGAGAUCAGGUUCCUGCACAACCUGGCGCGCACCCGGCUCAGCCACGCCCAUGGCAACCACCAGCUCCUCCGGCUGCCGCCGGCGGAGGGGUCCCGGAUCCUCGGUUCGUUCCUCGCCAUCGCCAGCUGCUUCAGCUUCGCAAUCUGGCUGACCAUCCAGGCGAAAGUAGGGCAGGUCUACCCGUGCCACUACUCGAUCGCCGCCAUGGUGUGCCUCUUCGGCGCCGUGCAGUCUACGUUGCUAGCGCUGUGCAUGCACAGGGACACGGAUCACUGGAGGCUCGGGCUCAACAUCAGACUCUACUCGUCAGCUUACGCGGGUCUCGUGGCGUCCGGGUCCGCCUUCCCGCUGAUGUCGUGGUGCCUGCGGAAGAAAGGGCCGCUCUACGUCGCCAUGUUCGGGCCUCUCAUCGUUGUCUUCGUCGCGGUCAUGAGCUCCAUUGUUCUUGACGAGACCUUGCACAUCGGAAUUGUGCUUGGUGCUGUGCUGAUCGUGGCGGGGCUGUACAUGGUGCUGUGGGGCAAGGCGAGAGAGGAAGAUGAACACGAAGCGGAUGCGCCAAAGCUUGUUAGUCAAGAUGAGGAGCUGGGCAAGGAGUCCGUUACCCCGGCUCGUAAUGUUGAAACAUAA